AUGAUAAAAAUAAGAAGGAGCCUUUUCUUAGUGCUCAUAUUUUCUCUCUUAUUGCUCACUUCAUUCGGAUUUCGGAGGAAGUUAAGUGUCAGGUCUUUUGGGACUUCGAAUAGAGAAGCCAGUGAUCAAGGAAGACUUCAGCAAGACGAUGAUGCCUCCUCAACUGAUGGAGCUGAUUCAGAAGAAGCAGCAACCCCUGCAGAUGAAGAAUCACCUGAUUCAGAAGAGAGUCCAACUUCUACAGAAGAUGAGGCUGAAUCAGCAGAUAAUUUGACAGAAGCAUCAGAUACUACAUCUGAAGAUGCUGAAGAUUCUGCAGAUGAAGACGCUGAAACUCUAACUGAGGAAGAUUCUGCUCCAUCUUCUGAUGAUGCUUCUAUUGAAGAGUCAUCUUCAGAUGAUUCUGAAGAGGAAACUUCUCUUCAGGAGCCUUCCGAGGAGGAUAUCCAAUAUCCUCCUCAGUCUUGAAUCACGAACGAAGGAGUUGAGCUCCUCUGUCACCACAGAGGAGUUUGAUUCCAAGGUACUUGACUGUGCACUGAAGACUGGCAUGGAGAUGACUGUCUUGAAGAAACAGAUGAUGAUUUGAGAUUCAGCGAAGUUAUCACUGGAGUUUUCGCAGUUCUUGCAAUUCCUUUGGGAUUCAUUCUGAGCAUGUGAUCAGGAAAAAUUUACAGAUUAUUAACAAAAAAAAAUGAAGAGGAAGCAGUAGCAGAGUAGUGAUUAGAGCGUAAGAGAUUG